AUGAAGUCGCCCUAUUUCCCAGCGCGGUCGGUGCUUUUUCAGAAGGAGCCCAACGGGGUGACGUACAGAGUGCCGGCGCUGCUCUUCCUGUCCCGCUCCAAGUCCUUUCUGGCCUUCUGUGAGGAGAGACUCAGCCCCUCCGACUCUCAGGCUCACCUGCUGGUCAUGAGGAGAGGCGCUUUCCACAGGAACUAUGUGGAGUGGGAGGACAUGCGUGUCCUGGGCACUGCCUUCCUGCCGGGCCACCGGUCCAUGAACCCGUGCCCCGUGUUCGACGAGUUCACGGACACUCUCUUCUUGUUCUUCAUCGCUGUCCUCGGCCAAACCUCAGAGUCCUAUCAGCUGGCGACGGGCAAGAACCUGACCCGUCUCUGCUACAUCUGCAGCACCGACGACGGAGUCACCUGGAGUCCUGUCACCGACCUAACCAUCAGGGUCAUAGGAGAUACAAUCAAAGAGUGGGCCACCUUCGCUCUGGGCCCGGGUCACGGCAUCCAGCUGAAGUCUGGCCGUCUGUUGAUUCCCGCCUACGCGUACCACAUCGAGUGCAAAGAGUGCUUCGGGCGCCUCUGCCGGACCACUCCCCGCGCCUUCUGCUUUUACAGUGACACCCACGGGCGGACCUGGCGCUUUGGGGAGGCGGUGCCCGUGCCGGAGAGCGUGGAGUGUCAGAUGGUGUCCGUGGACGAAGAGGCCGGCACUAAUGUUCUGUACUGUAAUGCGCGCAGCCCUCUGGGUUACAGGGUGCAGGCCCUCAGCCUGGACGACGGAGCCGUGUUUCGGGAGGGGCAGCUGGUGCAGCGGCUGGUGGAGCCUGGACAUGGUUGCCACGGUAGCAUUGUGGGAUUUCCUGCCCCUUUGCAUUUAUGUCAUUCUCUUGAUGAUCACUUAGACCAACCCAUACAUCCCUCCAGACACUGGACAUCUGCCGUGACCGGCUCAGGUCCCUCCCCCUCUGUUCCCGACAGCUCCUUGGCACCCAAUGAUCCACAUUUCCUCACCCCCACCUGGGUGGCGUACUCCCACCCAACGUGGACCACCGUACGCAGGGAUCUGGGUGUGUUCCUCAGCCUGUUUCCCCGUGAUCCAGACAGUUGGCGUGGCCCCUGGGUGAUCUACGAGGGCCCCAGCGCCUACUCCGACCUCGCCUACCUAGAGCUGACCCCCUCGCCAGGUGCACCGCCCGCCGUGGCCUUCGCCUGCCUGUUUGAGUGUGGCACCAAAACAGCCUACGAUGAAAUCUGCUUCAGCAUCUUCACCCUCUACGAGCUGAUUGACAAUCUGCCCCGGGACGUACAGCCGGGACAGAACAGCGGUGACUGUGAAGGACAGCAGGAUGCCGCCUCGGAGACAGGCCGCACUAGUGGACAGGACGCCCAGAGGACGGCAGCUUCCCACGAGUCGCCUUGUGGGAAGAGGAGGAGGAAGAAGAGCAAGUUGACCGAGAUGUGCUCGGUGUCUUGA